GACCCCAGUCAUUCUUUGAACAAACUCGACAGCCGAAGAUACCGCUUCUUCCGAAGACCGGUGCCGACUUGACUUACAAGUACCGAGCCAUUCUUUUCGUAGUGGCCGGUGCACAGCUGAACUUGAAGGCGCGUCCGUGUGUCUAUCUGUCUUCUCUCUGCCGCCAACCAUGCGGACUUCUGUCUUCAGUGCCGCCGUCGCUGCCGCCCUCGCCUUUGCGGGCUUGGGCUCGGCGGCGGACCUUGACGAGUGGAAGUCGCGGUCCAUCUACCAGGUCAUGAUCGAUCGGUAUGCGCGCACUGAUGGCUCCACGGAUGCCACUUGCGAGAUGCAUCUGUUUUGUGGCGGUACGUGGAAGGGGCUCAUGAACAAUCUUGACUACAUCCAAGACAUGGGAUUCACUGCUAUCCAAAUCAGCCCCAUCGUCAAGAACAUCGAAGAACACACAUCCGUCGGCGAUGCGUACCACGGUUACUGGUCCGUCGACAACUAUGCCCUCAACGAUCGUUUCGGUACGGAAAAGGAGUUCAAGGACCUCGUGGCCGCCACCCACAAGCGCGGCAUGCUACUCAUGGUUGACGUUGUCGUCAACAACAUGGUCCAGGCCUUCGACAACGUCGUCCCUCCCAAGGUCGACUACUCCAACUUUAACCCGUUCGACGACAAGAAGUAUUUCCACCCGUAUUGCAACGUAACCCAGUGGGAGAACUCGACCAACUACCAGGACUGCUGGCUCUAUCCGUACGGCGUUGCGCUCGCCGAUUUGGCCACGGAGACUAAGCCGGUCGUGGAUGAGCUGGGCAGCUGGGUCAAGGGGCUUGUGGCCAACUACUCGAUCGACGGCCUUCGUAUCGACGCCGCCAAGCAUGUAAACGAUGAGUUCCUCCCGAGUUUCGUCAAGUCAUCCGGCGUGUUUGCCUUUGGCGAGGUCCUCUCCGGCUUGCCUGAGGACAUGUGCCGGUACCAGACCGGUGGACUGCUUCCCGGCAUGCCCAACUACCUAGAGUACUACCCCCUCAACGAGGCGUUCAACGGCGGCUCCUUGAUCGAUGUCGCAAAUAUGCGCAACAAUGCUGCCUCGAGCUGCAACGAUACAACCGCCCUCGGCAGCUUCCUCGAGAACCACGACAUGCCCCGGUUUGCCAACCGUAACGACGAUAUGGCCCUUGCGAAGAACGCCAUGACCUACAUUCUCCUCAACGACGGUAUCCCCACAGUCUACCAGGGUCAAGAGCAACACUUCAAGGGCAACGGCACACCCUUCAACCGCGAGCCCCUCUGGACUUCCAAGUACGACAAGGAGGCCCCGCUCUACGUCCUGACCUCAACCGUCAACAAGGUGCGCAACAACGCGAUCAAGCUGUCCUCGGACUACAUCUCGACCCCCUCCGAGACCCUCUGGGCCGACGUGAACCACCUCUGCCUGAAGAAGGGCCCGUACGGCAGCCAGGUCGUGUUCUGCAUCAACAACAAGAGCAGCAGUGGCGACAGCUACGAGGUCAGCGUCGGCGGCUUCCAGGCCAACGACAAGGUCGUCGAGGUCAUGAGCUGCAAGACCAACACGGCCGACGUCUCGGGCAAUAUCACCAUGUACAUGGGCAAGGGCGAGCCGAAGGUGUACGUUCCCCAGACCGCGCUGAAGGACACAGGCCUCUGCUCCAAGACCGAGGAGGAUGCGCCGGUGGACAGCGGCGCCGGUGCUCUGGGCCUUACGGGCAGCAUUGUUCUGGCUGCCGCCUUCGGGUGGGCUGCGGUGAUUCUUGCGUAAGGCACUGAACCGAGAGACCACAAGAGCCAUCUUGGUUCUUUGGGUGGCCUCCUUAGAUAUUUCACCUCGGCAUGGCCACUUAAUUCGAGCAUACGUAUCUUCUUAACCAUUUAAUGAUCUCUUCUUCGCCGCCGCCUCGAGGCCCUGUUCCCAUUGUUGCCGA